AUGGCAAUGCAACCAGUCUUCCCAUGCGCCGGGUCGCGGCAAUUCGCAACCGCGCCGCGGAAACCGCCGCAACCGCAGCAACCGCAACCAUCUAAUCGCAUCGUCCGGGCUGGCACAGUCACUGUUCAAGUCCCACACACAUUUUCAGCUCUGAAACCCCUGCCGAUGGUUGAAUUCCGGGCAACCGUGCAUAACAUGAGAGAAAAGGAACAGUUGUAUUUGGUGGGAGGCGUGGAAGAGUUGGGAUCAUGGAAGGCAGAGCAUGCCAAGCAAAUGUCUUCCAAUGAUGGGGAGACAUGGUCGAUCCGGGUGGCGUUGAGGCCCCACACGAAAAUACAGUACAAAUACAUCCGCAUCUUCUCGGGAGAUGACAAGUCCUGGGUCCAUUGGGAGAAAGGUCCGGAUAGUCACGAUCGUGAGUUCUAUUGGAAUGGCAAGACCACUAUCCAAGAUGACGGAGAAAUUUCCAGUUUCCUUCCAGAAGACAGAGAACUCCAAAUGAUUUCCCACGAUUCAGAAUUUCAGGAGCUGGGGCAGGGAGGAUACACGUGUGUGAGCGUGUCCAACGGUUGGUUUGGGUCGAAGGAAGAUGUGCCCAAAUGGACGUGGGUGUGUGAAAUGUUUGACAAGAUGCUGAGUGAGAUCCAAUCUCUUGAGCGGAAGCUGGAGAAGGACAUUUCUGAGUUGUCCCAUCGCCAGGAUGGCACUGAGAAGUCCGUCAAGCUUUCUAGCCGCAUCUCGAGCAACUUGGAAUCCAGAAUUGGUGAUGUGGAGGACAAGAUUGAGGAAACUGCAAAGACGGCAAUAGCCCUGACUGAGCAGGCAGAAAAUACACUGACCGCCGUGACUGAGCAGGCAGAGAAUAGACUGACGAAGUGCAGCCUGUUCGAGAAGAACAUGCAUAUGGAGAUAGACUGCUUGCAGCGAAGGAUGCAGAAGACAAAGGACGACUCUGACAAGAGGCUUGAGAAUCUGGAGAAAGUCAUCGAUUCCCAAAAAUGCAACGUUGACUCUCACUCGAAGUCUUUGGUGCGACUGCAACGUCAAAUCAACGACCUUGAACUCAAGAUCCCUGAUGACGGCACAGCACCAACAGAACUGCCUUCACAUGCUGCAAGGGUAGACUUGCAGUCACCUAAAGUUCCGCCCAAAUUUGAGCAGAACAAAGGCUUGGACGAAUGGAACGAGGUUGCCUCGAAAUCAGAUGCUUCGAAGGUCACGGGCAUGGAUGUGGAACAGCCUCCUUCCAAGACAAGACCAGCCAGUGGGAAACCAGAUGCUUUGAAGGUCACGGGCAUGGAUGUGGAACAGCCUCCUUCCAAGACAAGACUAGCCAGUGGCAAACCAGAUGCUUCGAAGGUCACGGGCAUGGAUGUGGAACAGCCUCCUUCCAAGACAAGACCGGCCAGUGGCAAACCAGAUGCUUCGAAGGUCACGGGCAUGGAUGUAGAACAGCCCCCUUCCAAGACAAGACCGGCCAAUGGCAAACCAGAUGCUUCGAAGGUCACGGGCAUGGAUGUGGAACAGCCUCCUUCCAAGACAAGACCGGCCAGUGGCAAACCAGAUGCUUCGAAGGUCACGGGCAUGGAUGUGGAACAGCCUCCUUCCAAGACAAGACCGGCCAGUGGCAAACCAGAUGCUUCGAAGGUCACGGGCAUGGAUGUGGAACAGCCUCCUUCCAAGACAAGACCGGCCAGUGGCAAACCAGAUGCUUCGAAGGUCACGGGCAUGGAUGUGGAACAGCCCCCUUCCAAGACAAGACCGGCCAGUGGCAAACCAGAUGCUUCGAAGGUCACGGGCAUGGAUGUGGAACAACCUCCUUCCAAGACAAGACCAGCCUGCGAUGAUUCAAUGCCCGAUGGCAUGGAUGUGGAACAGCCUCCUUCCAGGACAAGACCAGCUUGCGGCAAAUCAGAUGAUUUGAAGGCCCCGAAACAGUCUCAUGCUGAGACAAAAUCAGCCUUUUGCGGCUUCCAACACCCUCCCAAACCAGAGGAUGAGGAUAUUGCAAAAAUCUGCUCGAAAGUGGAGGAAGAACUAUGUGAAGCAAGGUGGCGGGACCUUCCUGUGGAUGCCAGGAAAAGUUUGCUGAGGCUCCAUCCUGACAAAGGCAAACCGAGUGAAGGAGCGAUUUGGAUCGAGGACUGGAAGAACACGCAUAUCAAAUGGUACUACCACCCUCAUCCAGUUCCUGAGGACCAGCAGAAAUACCUGACAAAGCCAGGCAGUACCAAGGCCCGAGGGAUUCCGGCAAAUAAAAUGGUUCAGGACCAGAAGCUUUAUUUUGACAAACAUAUCAUGAGAUCGAUACACAUAUCCUCAGAUUUUGAACCAGAACUUGAGCUGUCAGUUGCUAGCAUCACUGAUGAUUCAUUGACGGGUCACAGCUUUGGUGGGCUCGGUUCAGCUUUGGAGGAUCCGUGA